AAAUUGUUUCGUCUUCGAUUGAAGUAGAGACGAAAAAGUUUUUCCAUUGAGUAAUCGCCUUAACGAAAGUGUUUACUAAUCAUGAUCAACGAAAGUUAAAUUGCUGCGCAUGUGAUUAACUAACAACGAUUUUAACAGUUACAAACUAAACAUUAGAUGACAAUGAAUAUCAUGGUAAUAUUAAUAUUCAGUUACGGAAGAAAAGUUUUUUUUUAAAAUUCUAAUUGGAAACAACAAAUUUAAGUUAAUUAAACGAGUCAACAAUUAGUAGAAAAUUUUCCAAAUGAAAAGAAAAAGUUUCAUCAUCACAAUUAAGAGUAUCAACUUUAUCUUGAUUAACUUUCCAUGUUAUGUUUCUGUGUAAUUAUCAACACUUGGAACAAUUAACUAAUUGUUAUCACUAUUUUCACCUUUCACUUUUUUCAUCGAGUGGACAAUUAAAUUUAAUCUAUUGACCAAUUAAAGGAUAAAAAGAAAAGUUUUUCCUUUUUAAUUUCAUUUAACUUGUUUAAUUCAAUUUCUUUUCGUUGGUUAAUUGUUGUGUUUUGGACUUGGACAACAAUUUAAUUGAUUAUUCAUCAUUGAAAUUAAUAAUCUCAAUCGAAAGUCACAAUAAAACUGGAAACAUUGAUUUAAUCAUUAUCCAAGGAGCAACAAUAAGUGUAUAUGUUUAAUUACUUCCUACGGUAAAAUAAUAAAUAUCAUCACCAGCAUCCUAAUCAUCUUCAAGUGAUCUAACUAAUUAGUUAACUAGAUUGAAAGGUUUUCAAGGAGGAGCAAAAAUUUACCUUCAAUUUAAUAGGAAAUUCCCAUUGAAACGAUAACCUCUCAGAAUUUUUCUAAGAAAAUAGAGAAAGAGGCUGAGAGAGAGUGGGAGUUGGGGGUGAGAGGAAGAUACAAGAUACAAUAAAUUCAUCAUCAUCAUCAUCUAAAUCUUCAUAAGUUUCCACCAGUUUAAGUGUAUUAACGAGAAGAAAAAAAAAGACCCCGAAAGACAAUAAAAUCUCAGGUAACAUCAUAAUCUUCAUUCUGGAAAACGUAAUCACCAAAUAAAAGACACAGAGAGAGAAACAAAUUAACAAUUAACGGUGAAUACCUUGAGGAAUAUCAUCCGUAGGAAGAUAAGAGGAACAAGAUUAUCAUCAUUGACACAAUUUCCCAUUGAAAAGAUACUCAAACAAUCAAAGGAAGGAGAAAAUGUUACUCUCAUCACUUUUACCGUUAUUAUUGAUAGUGUUUCAAUUAUUUGGACCAUCUUCAUCAUCUUCAUCAUCUUUGUAUCCUGUAUCAUCCAAAUCAUCAUCAUCAUCAUCAUCGCCAGAGAGAUUAUCAUCUUUAUCAUCUUAUAAAUCAGUUUUAUCUUCUCCAUCUGAAUUAGAAACAAUCUCAUCAGAAUCUGAGCCAUCAGCAUCAGCAUCAUCAUCAUAUGCAUCACCUUCAUCAUCAACAUCAGUGACCCAUGAUAACAAUCAGGUUAAUUAUUUAACAAAAACCAAUAGACUACAAAAGACAAAAAAUGUUGACUUAAGUUCAACUCUUGAGUGUCAUAGACGAGAGUUCACCUUUAAUGCCUCUAGAAGCGAUAGCCUUGGUCGUAAAUGCUGGGGACUGGUCACUGCAAUGUCCUGUUGGGGACGAUGCGAUUCAAGUGAGAUUGCAGAUUAUAAAUUCCCUUAUAAAUUAUCCUGGCAUCCACUUUGUAUUCAUAAUCGACGACAGGUUCGAAGCGCAUUAUUACUCAAUUGUGAUAGAGGAGUUCAUCAUUCCUUAAAGGUUUACAAAUACGUAGAUGCAGUUAGUUGUAGUUGCCAACGUUGUGAUUCAUCAAUCGCUAGUUGUGAAGGUGUUGAUGCCAUCGGAAGGUAUUUGAUAAGAUCAUCAAUCAAUGAGAUGUAAUUGAAAAGACACUUUUUUUGCUUCGCUUGUUUCCAAACAACGGUAAAUAAUCAACAGAUAGAGAAACAAUUAUUCACUUGAACAUCUUUUAUCAAACCAUCAUCACAAUUAUUGAAAUCAUAAUCAUCAUCAUAGUCUCCAUCAGUAUAUGAAAGUAAAGGUAAAUCUCAAGAUGAAGAUGAAAUUGGAAAUUUGGAAGAUUUUCAAUUCUGCUUUCGAGAGCUCAAACUUUCAGAAUUAACUUGAAACAAUUGAGAAAAAAAACUUCAUCACCUUAUCAUCAAUCUCACCAUCAGACUGAGUAAUUCUGGUCACUUGUGAAAUACAAAAUGAGAAUACAUUGUAACAAAACAUUGAUAACAUUGAAUACGAUUGUAAUUGACUGAACCACAAAUGAAAAUACAAAUGAAAAUAAUAAAGCAAUUGAAUAGUAAAAAUAUUGAAAUUAUGAGCACCAAUUGAUUAUCAUCAUGAACAAUAAAUAAUAAAUUUUUCCCUCUGCUAAUCAACUGUAACGAUGCUCAUGAUACUUAAACAUUGUAUUUAAAUUUUGUGCAAUUAUCGUUAUAGUUUUUAACACCAAUCGAGAUUAUAAAUAUAAUAUAUUAAUUUCCUCUUCUUAUUGUAUCUUGUUUGUUUCUCCUCCCUGUUUACUUUCAUCAUGCUAAACCUUUGUAACCUUUAUCAUCAUGAUAUUCAUCCAUUAAACUUGAGCAUCUUCAUCUUAAAUACUAAAAUUAUCAAUAUAUAAAUACACACAAAUCGCAAUAAAGUGAAUCAUUUGC